AUGAGACCUCCCAAGAAAUUCACUCCACAAAAGUUCACGUCAUACAAUGGGAAAUCAGACCCAUUAACACAUAUCAGCCAUUAUUGGCAAAUGAUAUCCUUGUGGAGCCGAUACGAGGCACUGAUGUGCAAAGUCUUUCCAUCCAGCUUGGGAGAAUCCAGACUUCGAUGGUUCGAUCGUCUCCCCGCCGAAUCGAUUUACAACUGGAAACAACUCUCUGAAGAGUUCUUGGCCAGAUUCUUCUCCAACACUAAGAUCCCAAAAGAGCCCGACACCUUGCUCGGUCUCCUAAAGGAACAUGAGGAAACGCUGCGUAAUUAUGCCAGAAGGUAUUGGGAAGAAUAUAACGAUCUGGAGGAAAAUGUUUGCAGUGAACAAAUGGCUAUAAUGUCUUUUAAACACGAUCUACGUCCAGAAAGCAAGCUAAGACAAUCACUUACCAAGCGCCGACCCACAGCACUGAAGGAUUUGCGUGCCAGGAUUAAACAGUAUGCUCGCCUCGUAGACGAUCAAAUCCCCAUCGAGGUAGCAUCAACUGAACAAACAGCUCGAAACAAAAGGAGAGCAGACUGA